UAUUUUGUGUCAUUCUGUAGAACAUAACAUUUGAUGAUAGGUCCCGUUCGAAUCAACGGAACAAUGAUGCAGCAACAACUGCAAAUGAACGUCGUGAUAUUCAAAAUCUACCUGAUGUAGCGUUCGCGUACAGUAGUGUCACCGAUUACGCUUCUCAUAGGCAAAUUAUAAUUGGUCCAAUGAACGACCGUUGUCGCCAUUGUCAGGCAUUAAAAUUUAAAGGUGAAGCAGAUGGGAUGUGCUGUGCGAGUGGUAAAGUGAAAUUGCCUGAAUUAGGCAGCCCACCACAACCAUUGAGCACAUUAUUUAAUGGAUUGACACCUGAGUCUAAUCAUUUUUUGAACAAUAUACGAAAGUAUAAUUCGAGUUUUCAAAUGACAUCUUUUGGCGCCACAAAUAUUAUAAGAGAACUUCAUGCCAACAUUCAAGAUUCAAGGUCAAAUAUACCAUCGAGCUGGCUCUUUGUUAACUUUCGAGCAUGCAGACCACCAAUUUUUGCAAUUAUAUUUUAUCGGGAACGCGGAAGACGAAGCUGAUAGUCGGUGUGCCAUUAUUACCAACACGCGGAGACAAAUUAUUUUCGAUUUGCAAAAUAUGUUCAAUGAGCACAACGAAUUGGUUCAGGUUUUCAAAACAUCGCUUGAUCGAAUGCCAUCUGACGAUCAUAAAAUUGUUAUUCGAGCUGAUAAAACACCGGUUGACGAACAUGCAAGGCGUUUCAAUUGCGUUUUAGAAAAAAAUUGAAAUUUUAAUUUGGCUGAUUGAAAAAAUAAGGCCGAAUCAAAUUGACGAUGUGAUCUCGGCAGAAAUUCCAGAUCCGACAGUGGAUCCUGAAUUGUUUGAAGUGGUCACCAAAAAUAUGAUUCACGGUCCAUGUGGUGCGUUGAAUUUGAAUUCACCCUGUAUGGUUGAAGGGAAAUGCUCCAAACGUUUUCCAAAAAAUUUGGUCUCCGAUACAGUGACGGGCAACGAUGGAUAUCCCGAAUAUCGGCGUCGAUCAACUGAAGAUAAUGGCCAUUCGGUAACUUUGAGAGUUAAAAAUCAAGAUUUGGAGAUUGAUAAUCGUUGGGUUGUGCCAUAUUCACCGUUAUUAUCUAAGAUUUAUAAAGCGCACAUAAACGUAGAGGUCUGCAAUUCAGUUCAAUCUAUUAAAUACAUUUGCAAAUACAUCAACAAGGGCAGUGAUAUGGCUGUUUUUGGAGCAGUUGCUAAUGUUAACGAUGAAAUCACUAAAUUUCAAAUGGGCAGAUACAUCAGUUCAAAUGAAGCAGUAUGGCGCAUAUUAUCAUUCCCGAUCCAUGAUAGGCAUCCAACUGUAGUUCAUUUAGCUGUUCAUCCUGAAAACGGUCAACGCGUUUUUUUCACACCCGGAAAUGCAAUGCGAAGAGCUGCGCAACCACCAGCAACAACUCUAACUGCAUUUUUUUCGUUGUGUCAAGCAGAUGAUUUUGCGAAAACAUUGCUAUACGCCGAAGUACCCGAAUAUUAUACGUGGAAUAAUUCGUCAAAAGUUUUUCAAAGGCGAAGACGCGGAAAAGCCGUUCAUGGUCAGCCAGUAUUGUUUCACUCAGAUGCGAUAGGUCGAAUUUAUACAGUUCAUCCUAACAAUCAAGAGUGCUAUUAUUGGCGAUUGUUGCUAAUAAAUGUUCGUGAACCAACAUCAUUUGAAUCUUUGCGAACUGUUGAUGAAGAAUUGUGUGGGACGUAUCGCGAAGCAUGCGAACGAUUGAAUAUGCUGGAGAAUGACAUGCAUUGGGUGAUGCAUCCACAUCAAAUUCAGACACUUUUCGCAAUUAUUAUAGCCACGUGCAGUCCAGCAAAGCCAAUUGAAUUGUGCCAAAAACAUCAAAAUCAUUUGUCAGAGGAUUUUUUACAUCGAUUGCGCCGUCAAACGGGUGAUAUAAACGCCGGAAAUUUACAACGAGGCAUUGAUUGCUAUUGAAGACCUUUGCUUGAUGAUGGCAAGCAAAGCAUUAGCUCAAUUAGGUAUGACAGCGCCUAAUCGUCAUAUACACGACCUUUUCAACAAAGGACUGGAGCGUGAACAGCAGUUUGAUCGUGCCGAGCUUAGUGCGUUUGUGCAAAACAAUGAGCCACGGUUAAAUAUCAACCAAAGAACGAUUUACGACCAAAUAUUGCGAGCUAUCGAAGAACAACAUGGUGGACUGUUCUUUUUGGAUGCAGCUGGAGGUAUUAAUGCGUGUUUGAAAACAUAUAAUUUCUGGCGCUCUGUGAAAACACUUAGAUUGACUACAAGUGUACGUGUUCAAUUGCAAAACGAUGCUUCAGCAGAUUUUUUUUUCCAGACAACUGUUAGACAUUGGUAAUGGCAUACUUCCCGUUGACAAUUCUGGCUUCAUAACGCUUCCAAAUAAUUUUUGCACUUUUGUGUCAUCGAAGGAAUACUUGAUUCAGAGCGUGUUUCCAAAUAUUGUACAAACUUAUAGAAACCAUGACUGGUUGAGGGAAAGAGCAA